AUGUUUAGGCAAGUAGUGGCAAUCGUCGGCAGUUUUUCCCGUGAGAAGGUUGCUGUCAAGUUUGAGUUCUUUAGGAGGACUCUUGUUUUUUGUGAGUCUGAGGUUUCCAUUGCAGUGUCCAAGACGCCACAAAUACUAGGAUUAUCUGAUGCAACUCUUCUUCGCAAGAUCGAGUUUCUGGUCAAUGAGGCUGCGAUGGAGCCACAGUAUAUUGUGCAAAGGCCUAUCCUGCUCAUAUUAAGCUUGGAGAAGCGGCUAGUGCCCCGGCAUCAUGUCAUGAAAAUGCUGCAGGAAAAGGGUUUGCUGAAUAGCAAUAUGAACCUUUUCUCGUUAGCUCUUCUUGGAGAGGAGGCUUUCAAAUCGAAGUUCAUCGACUGUCACAAGGACUUUGUUCCUGGCCUUGCAGAUGCUUAUGCUGCAGCUAGUGCUAGUAUUGUGCCCUCUAGAGUGUAA